AUGUCAACAACGGAGAUAAUCGACGACAAGAGCCCGAUAUGCAUUCCAUUUAUACUCGAACGGUAUAAACACUAUAGGGCCUCUAACCCCAUUCGGCCCUUUAUAAUCGGACUUAAUGGCGUGCAAGGCGCCGGGAAGACGACUCUGGUAAAAGCCCUCGCCUGGGAGUUAGAAAAUCACCAAAACUUGAAAACUUUGGUCUGCAGUAUCGAUGAUUUCUAUUUGCGGCACGAAGAUCAAGCGGCGCUGGCAAAGUCUCAACCGGACAAUUUGUUAGUUCAGGUCCGAGGCGAGCCAGGUACACAUGACAUGAACUUAGCUCGAGAUUUCUUCACGGCUUUAUGUGAGGAUCGGCCGGUUAAGGUUCCUCAAUAUGACAAGUCUGCCUACUCAGGUCAAGGCGAUAGGGUCCCGGAAUCGCAAUGGAAGACCGUCAACGGCCCAGAUCAACCCAAGAUUCAGGUUGUCAUCUUUGAAGGUUGGUGUGUUGGCUUUCGAUAUCUAAGCCCCGUAGAGAUGUCACUCAAGUGGAAUUCGCCAACCAGAACACUACAUCAGCACCGUCUAGACCAUCUAAAUUUUGUUAAUGAACGUCUGCGUGACUACGAUACCAUCACAGACACGUUCAAUGCAUUCAUCCACAUCGACGCCGAAAAUACCGAGUGGGUGUACGACUGGAGGUUAGAGCAAGAGACCAUGUUGCGGAAAGAGAAGGGGGCAGGUAUGACGGACGAGCAGGUUGUCAAGUUCGUCGAUGCCUAUUAUCCUGCCUAUGAACUCUUCUCCGACAAACUUAGAGGUGGUCUGUUCGCCAACAGACUGGGAUGUCAGUUGAGAUUGAUUGUUGGUAAGGACAGAAAAGUCAAGCAGACAAUCAUCGUUUGACGCACGAGUAAGCGGGUAUCUUACCAAGUAGCCCGCCUCGCUUAAUGUGAAAAGGGCCGACAGUACCAUUUUUCGCCAUACAUAUAGAGCAGCGGUUUGAAAGCGCAGACGCCAUAGCUCCAGCCCAUUUUAUAGCAACAGCAAUCCCAUAGCCCGACUUAACACCGCC